AUGGCACCUACAAUCACUGCAGCAAUCACCAAUUCUCAGGAGCAUCUGUCUCUGAACCACAAGCUCAGAAAACCUCUGGUGGAGAAACUCCGCAGAGAGCGAAUCAACAGCAGCAUUGAGCAGCUCAAGUCUCUCCUGAAUCCAGAGUUCCUCAAACAGCAGCCAGACUCCAUGAUGGAGAAAGCAGACAUCCUGGAGAUGACAGUUUGCUUCCUGACACACAUGCAGCAGCAGAACCAACAGCAGAGAACACCGCUCAACCACAUCAACAAACUGCAACCUUCCUCUGAUAACAGCCUGACAGAGGUUGACUUCUUUCCUCUCAGCUCCACAGUCCAGACCAGCAUCACCAAAGACAAGAGUCCAGUCAACAGCGCCCUCUGGAGGUCGUAGUAGAUACCUACCACUGGAGUUACAACCAGACAGCAUUUAAAUGACCACAUCGGUCAAAGAUUACUGGACUGAAUUCUAUGAAAUUUCAUGAACUUGUUUUUCUCUAUGUGCAGAACUCUUUACACAUUUGUUUCGUUCUUUGCUGUCAUUUCCUAAGGAAAUGACAGCAAAAAUAUCUUUCAAGUUGGAGAGAAAGAAAAGAGAGAGAGAGAAACAUCUUGUCAUGUAUGUUGCAUGAACCAAAUCUUAUUGUACCUGCAAUCAUUUGUUAGUUCUUACUGUACUUCAUGUAUUGGUAACAUUUGUUAUCAUUUGGAAUGUUACUGAUCUUUUUGAUCUUUUGUUUUAAUACUUUGUCAUACUACACUGUUGUGUGGUCAUUCCUCAAAAGUGAUGUGUUUUAACAUUCCAAUGUUUAGUUCUUUUCCCUGAAAGCUUUGCUUAAUGUCACCCUGCCACUGUUUUCUAGUGGCCCUCAUGUUUUCUUUAAUGAACAUUAAUAUUUUUAGUGGUUGUUCAGCUGCUGUCAUCACCCUGUGAUAAGAACCUCUAAUCUGUUUUAAGAUAAUUUUUCACUUUUUGUUUAUUUAGAGCAAAUGUAUUGAUCUUUUGUCUUUAUAAGACACCUGCUCCUUUACUUUUUGUGAAUACAGUGUGUAUUGUACAAAUCUACAAGUUGUUGCUGUGACGUAUUGUCACCUCUUUCAUACUUGAUGUGGAUCAUAAAAUUUUGUUGAAUAAACAAAGACUGACA